AUGCAGCUCCACUCGGGUCUGUACCUGAAUUGCAGCAGCCCAGCCAUCCAGCCCUUCGGAAUGCCAGAUGAAGAAGCCCAGAGACAGUCGCUGUCGUUCCUAGGACACAUCAUCGAUCAAGACGGCUUACGACCAGAUCCAGCGAAGACAAGUGCUAUUUCGCAGAUGCCAGCUCCCAAGAACGUGUCGCAGCUUCGAUCAUACCUUGGAGCCAUCAAUUAUUAUGGACGUUUCGUCAAGCAAAUGAAGGAUCUACGAGCACCCAUGGACUACUUGCUGAAGAAAAACGUUGAGUGGGAAUGGACGGAUAGCUGCCAGAAAUCGUUCGAGAAAUUCAAAACGCUGCUGAAAUCAGACCUGUUGCUGACCCAUUUUGACCCAAACAAGGACAUUAUUGUCGCAGGAGAUGCAUCAAAAGAUGGCGUAGGCGCAGUUAUUAUGCAUCGUUUUCCGAACGGAUCAGUUAAGGCUAUUUCGCAUGUUUCAAGAUCUCUCACCGCUGCAGAACAGAAUUACGGACAAAUUGAGAAAGAAGCCUUGGCUCUAGUGUUCGCUGUAACCCGCUUCCAUAAGAUGCUAUUCGGUCGGAAAUUUAUUUUGCAAACGGAUCACAAACCGCUACUCAAGGUGUUUGGAAGCAAGAAAGGCAUUCCUGUAUACACUGCCAACCGACUUCAACGUUGGGCUCUAACACUGAUGCUGUACAACUUCGACAUCCAAUUUGUGAAAACUGAGGAAUUCGGACAUGCUGACUUGCUUUCAAGAUUGAUGAAGUGCCAUGAACGAGUCGACGAGGAGUAUGUCAUUGCUUCUAUACAAAUGGAAGCCGAUGUUCAAGCCGUUCUCAGUGAUUCCACAUCAAGUCUACCAGUUACGUCAGAAAUGAUCGCUGCUGAAAGCUCGAAGGAUUCCGCUCUGAAAUCAGUUAUGCUUCACAUAAACGAAGGUUGGCCCGAACAUUCCACGGAGAUUAGUGACCCAGCCGUCCAACAGUUUUUCACUCGUCGGCACAGUCUUCAGAUCGUCCAAGGAUGCAUCAUGUUCGGAGAUCGAGUUGUUGUUCCUGUUCGUUUUCGGAAACGCAUUCUUCAGCAGCUACAUAGAGGUCACCCAGGAAUGGACCGGAUGAAGUCGCUUGCAAGAAGUUUCGUCUACUGGCCCAAGAUUGAUGAUGACAUCGAAGGACUUGUCCGGUGCUGUAGAUCAUGUGCUGAAGCUGCCAAGUCACCUCGCAAAACGGAUUUGGAAUCGUGGCCUGUUCCAUCGAAGCCGUGGGAGAGAGUGCACAUCGAUUAUGCUGGCCCGAUUGACGGUUUCUACUAUUUUCUGGUAACCGACGCUUUCUCAAAAUGGCCGAAAAUUUUUCGUACACGAAGCACUACCACAUCAGCGACGCUGGACAUACUUCAGGAAAUCUUUGCAAGAUUUGGUAAUCCAAGGACACUCGUUUCGGACAACGGAACGCAAUUUGUUAGCGCCCGCUUCAAGCAGUUUUGUGAUGAAAAUGGAAUAACGCUCUUGACAAUUGCACCAUACCAGCCGCAGUCUAAUGGACAGGCUGAGCGCUUCGUAGACACCCUUAAAAGAGGACUCAAGAAGCUUCGAGAAGGAGGUAAAACCACGACGUUUCAGCAUCUUCAAACUUUCCUGUCCGUCUACCGGUCGACUCCGAAUCGAAGCGCACCUAAUGGCAAGUCUCCUGCAGAGCUUUUCCUUGGAAAAACUGUCUCUACACCGUUAGAUUUGCUGAAGCCCAGGAGAACUACCUCCGUAGCCGUGAACGACAAGCAAAACGAACAGUUCAAUCGACGUCAUGGGACCGUGAAAAGAGAGUUUUCUGCUGACGAUCUGGUGUAUGCGCAGAUUCACCAUCGAAAUGUGACCACUUGGAUUCCUGGCAAGAUCAUUGAGAGGAAAGGUUCUGUGAACUACAAUGUACUUCUGGACAAUGGUCGUCUUAUCCGCUCUCACACCAACCAAUUGAGAGGACGUCAUCUGGAAACUCAUCUGGAAACUUCCUUCGAAGAUGUCGAUACAGAUCAUCAGCUAUCAUGGACCAUGCUGCUUGAAGAAUUCAAUAUUCCUAUUCCAUGUUCAAUCAACCGCAAUGAUCCAAUCGAUGAACAUCCGCAGAAUCCGGUGAGAACUGCCACCUGA